AGUGCAGCGAGCUGAUCAAGUCUACUGCAAAUAUUCAAACGAAGAAGAAAGCUCCUCAAUCCUCGUGAAGCGGGAAUCGGCUUUUCUCCAGCAUGGACUGGGGUCAGAAUGAGCUGCUGUCUCCGGUGGUCCGAGAUGAUGAGAUGACAGUCGCUGCUCGCAGGAGGAAGAAGGUGGCCUUCCCGUCACCCAGCAGCGAGACCCCCUUUGUUUCUGUGGUAACUCCAGCCCGGCCCCUGCUGAGGACCCCUGCCUCUCUGUUCCGACAGGCGGUAACUCCCAGRGCUCCGGAGCUUUCCUCCAUCUUUGCGUCGGGGGUCCGGACGCCUCGGUACACGCGCACGCCCCGAACCGCCGCCAGCAGCCUGAACCUGGACGACAGCGCGUGGACCGACAGCCUGUACGCCUCCCCCGUGCUGGGCCUGGAGAACACCAGCUUCUUCACCGACGACGUGGCCAACCUGAGCUCKGCGCUGCUGAAGGAGGACGACCCCGGAGAGGCAGCUGCUGCCAGUCUGUUCCCGGAGUUCCUGGCUUCCUUCCUGAAACACUCUGCUUCUGCCGUGUUUGAGCUGCUGGAGGAUUAUCAGAACAUCUGCCAGGAGAAGGUGGACGUGCUGCAGUCCGUGGUGCUGAGGGCGGGUCAGAACAGUAAAACGGCGGGGGUCCGCUGGCUGCUGCAGCAGGAGAACCACACCUGGAGACUCGUGGCGUCGCUCUACAGAGAUCGAGUCCAGUUGGCGCUGGAGGAGGACAUGAUGACGGACAUGGUGGUUCCCAGUGAGAGCGAGAAGGUCGUGGUGGAACAGCUUUUCCAGAGAGACGCCGUCAUCCGGCAGAGUCAGCUGGUCAUUGAUUGGCUGGAGAGCAUCGCCAAGGAUCAGAUGGGAGAUUUUUCUGACAAUAUUGAAUAUUAUGCCAAAAACGUCUGCUGGGAGAACACGCUGCACGCCCUGAAGAUGAGGAGGAAGAGUGGCUCCUCCCUCACCGUCCCUCUGGUCACUGAGCUGGACCCCGACGCCCCCCUGCGGCAGCAGCGCCCCCUGGCAGACCUGGACAGGGAGGACGACGCCCGUCUGCUGAAGAACCUGUUCACCCUGAUCCGAGCCGGGAUGACCGAGGAGGCUCAGAGGUUGUGCAAACGCUGCGGUCAGGCCUGGAGAGCUGCGACCCUGGAGGGCUGGAAACUGUACCAUGACCCCAACAUGACCUCAGGGAGCUUGGAGCUGCAGCCGGUUGAAGGGAACCCACACAGAGGCAUCUGGAAGGCCUGCUGCUGGAGGAUGGCUGAAGAGGAGCAGUUGAACCGAUACGAGCGGGCGAUCUACGCCAGCCUGAGUGGAAACCUGCGACCGCUCCUGGCCGUGUGCGAGUCCUGGGAGGACUGCGUUUGGGCCUUCUUCAGAGUGAUGGUGGACUCGCUGGUUGAGAAGGAGCUGAUGUCGUCGGGGAUGGCCCACCAGGAAGUGGAGACACUGCCGCGGGAAUAUCUGGAGGCCAACUGGACCAUGGAAAAAGUGUUUGAGGAGCUUCAAGCGUCUGAAUCAAAGAGAGUCCUGGAUGAGAUUAAAGAACAUUACCACGUCAUCCAGAAGUUUGUCAUAGUCGGAGAUCUGGACGGUUUAAUGGAGGAGAUUUCUCAUUGGCUGACUGCCUCUAAGCCCCUCCCCUCACACCUGCUGCGUUUCAUGAGUCACCUGGUUCUGUUUUUCCGCUCCCUGGGUUUGGCCCUGAAGGAGGAAGUCAGCGUCGAGGUGCUGAAAGCGUACGUCUCAGUCCUGAUCCGGGACCAGCAGACCAACCUGGUGGCGAGCUACGUCGGCCAGCUUCCUGCUGACCUCGCCACCUCCCAGUACGCCGCCUUCCUGGAGACCAUCACCCAGCCGGAGCUCCGCCCUCGAUGCCUGCAGCUCGCCACCGAAGCUGGUCUGGACGUGGCCGCCGUGACGAAGCUGGUGGUGGAGACCGUAAGAAAGCAAGACGAGAGCGACUUUACGCAUCACAACCAAACGCUGGAGACGGGAACGACAAAAGACGACCAAAAGAAGAUCGACGUCAUCGAAUGGCUGCUGUUUGACCCCGCCCACCGAGCCGAGGCUUUAAAACAGUCCAACGCCAUCAUGAGGAAGUUUCUGGCGCUGCAGAAACACGACGCAGCCAAAGCCGUUUUCUCUAAAGUUCCUGAAGACUCCAUGAGGGAGAUCUACUCUCAGUGGACGAGCGUGGAUCAGACCGCGCCCCUCCCCGCCGAGGAUGAGAACGCCAUCAGGGAGCACCUGUGCAUCAGAGCCUACCUGGAAGCUCACGAGGCGUUCACCGACUGGUUCAGCCACAGCGGCUCUGCACCACAAAAACCAAUACCGGCCCCCGAGGCCAAGUUCACGGAGCAGGUGGCCAACGAGAUGAGAGAGAAGGAGUACCAGACCGCCCUGAGCGCCUGGUCGUGUCGACUCGACGUUCUGACUGAAGACGUGAAGGAAAGGAUCUACAACGUGCUGCUGUUUGUGGACGGAGGAUGGAUGGUCGACAACAGAGAGGAGUCGGACGCAGACACAGAGCGCAGCCACCAGAUGGCAGCGUUGCGCUCCCUGUGUCUCCCACGCCUCACCUUCUUGUUGCUCAGUGUCCUGCAGAGCUCCUCCAGACACCAGGAGGCGCUGCGUCUCGCCGACAUCAUCUCAUCGGAUCAGCACCGCCUCUACAAGGUUUUCUCUAAAGAGGAGAUGAGGAGGCUGCUUCAGAAGCUGCGGGAGUCGUCUCUGGCUCUUUUGGACCGAGGACUCGACCCACUGGGCUACGAACUGCAGCCAUAACACACACACACACACACACACACACACACACACACACACACACACACAAACACACACACACCUGUCAGCAGGGUUCGUACACUUUUCCCACAGUAAAGUUCAAGCACUUUUCAAGGUAAAUUUUCAAAUGUCCUGAUGCAUCUCAGUAAUCCAGGUAGAAAAAAAUGAAAAA